CUUCCCCGCCGCGAGGGGAAGGGCCCGCCCCCGAGCGCAGGUUCCAGGGCCGAAGUAGGUUGCGAGUGGCAGGCGGUGACUGCGGCUCCACUUGGGGAAGAUGGCGCCACCAGUGACGGAGCGGGGGCUGAAGAGCGUCGUGUGGCGAAAGAUAAAAACAGCCGUGUUCGAUGACUGCCGGAAAGAAGGCGAAUGGAAGAUAAUGCUCUUGGACGAGUUUACCACCAAGCUUCUGUCGUCCUGCUGCAAGAUGACAGACCUUCUAGAAGAGGGGGUAACUGUUGUGGAGAAUAUUUAUAAGAAUCGUGAACCUGUCAGACAAAUGAAAGCUCUUUAUUUUAUCUCUCCAACAUCAAAAUCUGUAGAUUGUUUCUUGCGAGAUUUUGGAAGUAAGUCUGAGAACAAAUAUAAAGCCGCGUAUCUGUACUUCACUGACUUUUGCCCUGACAGCCUCUUUAACAAGAUUAAAGCAUCUUGCUCCAAGUCAAUAAGAAGAUGUAAAGAAAUAAACAUUUCCUUUAUUCCACAUGAGUCUCAGGUUUAUACUCUUGACGUACCAGACGCGUUCUAUUACUGUUACAGUCCAGACCCUAGUAACGCCAGCAGGAAGGAUGCGGUCAUGGAGGCGAUGGCUGAGCAGAUAGUAACAGUGUGUGCCACUCUGGAUGAGAACCCUGGAGUGAGGUAUAAGAGUAAACCUCUAGAUAAUGCCAGUAAGCUUGCACAAAUGGUUGAAAAAAAACUUGAAGAGUACUACAAGAUGGACGAGAAAGGCCUGAUAAAGGGUAAAACUCAUUCCCAGCUCUUAAUAAUUGACCGUGGCUUUGAUCCUGUGUCCACUGUCCUGCAUGAACUGACCUUUCAGGCAAUGGCAUAUGAUCUACUACCAAUUGAGAAUGAUACAUACAAAUACAGAACCGACGGGAAGGACAAGGAGGCAGUUCUCGAAGAAGACGACGACCUGUGGGUCCGGGUCCGGCACCGGCACAUCGCGCUUGUGUUGGAGGAAAUUCCAAAACUUAUGAAGGAAAUUUCAUCAACAAAGAAAGCUACAGAGGGGAAGACAUCACUUAGCGCUCUUACCCAGCUGAUGAAAAAGAUGCCCCACUUCCGAAAACAGAUGACGAAGCAAGUUGUCCAUCUUAACUUGGCUGAAGAUUGCAUGAAUAAGUUUAAGCUGAAUAUCGAGAAGCUCUGCAAAACUGAGCAGGACCUGGCACUGGGAACAGAUGCAGAGGGGCAGCGAGUAAAGGACUCCAUGCUGGUGCUCCUCCCAGUGCUGCUCAACAAAAACCAUGACAACUGCGACAAGAUCCGCGCAGUUCUGCUCUAUAUCUUCGGUAUCAACGGAACGACUGAAGAAAAUUUGGACAGACUGAUCCACAAUGUGAAGAUAGAAGAUGACAGUGACAUGAUUCGGAACUGGAGUCACCUUGGCGUUCCCAUCGUUCCCCCAUCCCAGCAAGCCAAGCCAGUAAGGAAAGACCGGUCUGCAGAAGAGACCUUCCAGCUCUCCCGGUGGACACCCUUCAUCAAGGACAUCAUGGAGGAUGCCAUCGAUAAUAGGUUGGAUUCCAAAGAAUGGCCAUAUUGUUCCCGGUGCCCAGCAGUGUGGAAUGGCUCUGGAGCUGUGAGUGCUCGCCAGAAACCCAGAGCUAGCUAUUUAGAGCUGGACCGGAAAAAUGGGUCCAGGCUGAUUAUUUUUGUGAUUGGAGGAAUUACAUACUCUGAGAUGCGCUGUGCUUAUGAAGUUUCUCAGGCACAUAAAUCCUGUGAGGUUAUUAUUGGUUCUACACAUAUUUUAACACCCAGAAAACUGCUGGAUGAUAUAAAAAUGCUGAAUAAAUCAAAGGACAAAGUUUCUUUUCUUAAGGAAGAGUAGCUUUUUUAUUACUGUUUAAGGGUUUUGUUAAUAUGUUCAACUAAAACAGAAGACGUUGCUGUUAUAAUUUAAACAAUGUAAAUAUUUUAUGGAAUAAUGUGCUUUUCAAGUAUACUCUUAAGGGACUUUAUUAUUGGAUUUACCAUUUCUAAUAAUUUAAAUACUGUUGCUGCUUUGUACAAGAUACAACAUUUAAGUGCUUUCUAACCAGGAAGUUCACCUCUGGAGCAGAAUCUGUUAGAGAUAUGGGUGGUUUUUACAGCCACCUAUAUACAUACUAAUUACUUACUGGAUACUUACACUGAAAUACAGUGUUUUGGGGCAAAAUAAUUUUGAAUGAAGAGAUUAUAAAACUAAAAACUGUAAAUGUAUGUAUGAUAGAAUUAUUUCCUAUAAGUGCAGUUUCUUAAAACUGAAAUAAUUUUUAAUGUAUAAAAUAAUUCCAAUUAUUAAUAUGAUUUUACUGUGUAUAUUACCUGCAAGAUACUCUUAAAGAACACAGUUUUAUAGGUUUGAGAUCAUGAUGCUCAAGUUAGAAACCAAAAAUAAUCAUGAACAUUCUAAGAAAAUAAAUACAUAGUUAUCAAAUUUUUCUGAGUUUUUUCUCUUUUUUGACUCUGAAUUGGAGCCAGAAAGAAGAAAAAGAAGAGCCUGUAAUACUUCCAUCAACUCAAUAUCUAAUGAUUUUCAAAACCAAUAUAUUGUCUGUGUGAAGUUCGGUGAUGCAGACAGAUUUGCAGGUGUGUGUUCCAUAGGGGAGCAUCUUUUUCAGAUCUCUGCCUGACUGUGGAGCGUUCUAACUUUGAAUUGCUCCUGUUCAGAGUUUUGUUUUUAUAAGUAAUGCUGCACUAUCUGCCAACUUGCAUAAACAUUUCCAUAAUGCAAAUAGCUACCGUGGCCCAGCACGUGUGCUUAGACCUUUGGUGGGUCUCACUGCGUUGUUAUUGUCCCUCCAGGGCUGGGAUCAGACACAAGUGCUCUACCGCUUUAUAACUGUUGUAGUCGGGGUUCUCUAGAGUAACAGAGCUCAGACUGGAUCAUGAUCCCCACCCCAACCCCCUCUAUCCGCUGAUCUAACAGCGGCUGCCUAUAAACAGAAAGUCAGUGGGAGAAGGGGACAGAGGGGGAACUGGGGUUGCUAUAUAAAAUGAAAAUGGAUUUUUUCAAAAAUAUAUUUAAAAGAUAAACAGAAAGCCCAGCAAUCCAGCAGUUGUUCAGUCCACGAGGCUGACUGUCUCAGCUGGUCUUCAUAUACGCCAGACCUGAAAUAGGCUGGAAGGCCAGUGAAGGAGGGACUUGCUGGCGAGGGCAGCAAGCCCGCACAGAGCAGAGCUUCCUUCUGUGUCUAUAUAGGCUGCCAGCAGAGCAUGCGGCCAGAUGAGAGGUGGGUCUUCCCACCUCAAAGAUCUGUUAGAAGUGGGGCUUCUCACUUAGAAUGAUUUAAUUAAGCAAAAAUCCCUCACAGGUCACAGGUGUGCCCACCAGCCAUUUCUGGGUGUUAUUUAAUUCCACAUAUAGUCAAGUGGGCAGCAAGAACAGCCAGCACAAUUGUUAUGCAAGCGUUUAUAACUUUUCUCUCUGGGCUCCAGAACUUCGCCCUAGGAGUAUAAAUUCAGUUUCUCUUAGACCAUUUGACAAUCCGCAGUUACUUCCAUCCGACUGAACACACGUUAAUGUAUGAAGUGUGUGUUCAGUUGACUCCAGGCUGUCGGCAUUGUUUUACCACCCCCCCCCCCCCAAACCACUGAGAGGAAAACCUGCAAGUGAAAUUUUUUAGGUUUUAAAGUGGAGGUCUGUCAUUCAGAAGCAUUUUUUUUGUCAAAAUUUGGAAGGCGGGAAGAAGGCAAAGGCCAUCUGGGCAGCCGCGCCAGUGCGGCCUGUUGUCUGGAGCAGUCUCGCCCAGUCUUAGGGCCUCGGUACCUGUUUCCUGCCUGCCCUUGUGGUCAAACUGACAGUGGCCUUAAUUCCUGUUUUCUAUAUCUGUGGACUGUUCAGUGGUUUUGUAAGGAUCUAAUUCUUUCUUUUUUUUUUUUUUUGAGAUUAUAAUAUAAUUACAAUGUCUCUCCCUUCCCUCUAAACCCUCCCUGCUCACCUUCAAAUUCAUGGCUUUUUUUCCACUAAUUAUUAUUGUAUGCAUAUAUAUUCCUAAAUAUAACCUGUCCAGUCCAUAUAAUGCUGAUUUUCUCUUAAACCCCUUUCUGUUUAAAAUAGAUGAUAUGGCCUGUGAUACCACGGGGGCCUCGGUGGCAGCCCAGCCCAAGCGCUGCUAAGGGACAUGUCUGGUCUGUCAUCCUGCUGCAGCUGGGGUCAGUGGUGACGGUCAUGACCUGUGUUGGCCCAGAGGUCAUUAGAACCAUGCUGUACUGAGCCAGCCCCACCCUUCACUGGGUACCACAGGGGUGACCUCCCCCCAACACACACCCCUUGCCACAGGCAUGUACUUCACCUGGCUGCACAGUAGAGCAGAUCCUGUGGUAGGGAUGCAGCCAAGCCAACCCUGAGGGAGUGAGAACCGGAGAGCUGACCCUGCUCCCCUCCCACCACACCUAUAUCAGUCAGGAGAGACGGCCCUGUACCCUGCUGGGCAAAACAGCUGGCCCUGGAGACAUGCUAGGGGGGGACCCAGAUCUGAGGACCUUGCUGCAGGCUGCAGAGGGUGAGGUGGCCGAGAGAGCGCUGGAGAGCUCACCCAGUAGUGAUACGGGCAAUUGCUAACCCAGCUACCAGCUGGGCCAGAACCAGGGCUGUGAGGUGGCCCACCCCGGCAUCCACGGAAUCUAUGAACUUUUGGAGCACGUGAAGGGGACGAAAACUACAGAUCCAAAACAACAGGAUCUCCAUGACACCGGACAACAACAGAGUAUCCAAGAGAGAGCAGAAACCAAAGGCCUCCAGCCAGACCGAUGAUAUUUACAAGUAUGAACGGACUAAUGGGUAAACUGUGUCUCAGUGGGCCACACUGCAGCUUCCGCCGCGACAAGACUGUGUGUGUGUGGUUUAGUUGUUGUUUGGUGGUGCUGGGCGGUGAUGGCAGUGGUUCUGGUGGUGAUGGUGGCGGCAGCGGCCACGGCAGUGGUCUUGGUGGUGGUGUUGGCGGUGGUGCUGGUGGUGGAGUGAGGUAAGUAGGAUCAGACUGGAGUGCAUGAUGGGAAAUUCACAAA